CUCCCCAACGGCAUUUUAAACACUGAAUUCGGAAGAUUCAAAAAUAUCCUUUUGUAUUCCAUGUGUUGAAAAGUUGCCGGCUGUGUAUUUAAAAAAGAAAGAAGAAAUAAACAUCAAUAAUUUGAACUAAAAUUAAUAUUUUUUUGUAUGUGCGUGAAAAGUAGCCUCCUCCGCAGGCAACUGUGUAGUUCUGCAACGUUAUUAACUAUAAAAGAUUUAUCAGGAACGUAGAAAAUACAAGGAAAUAGUUCUGAAAUACGACAUGAUAAGAUAUGAUAUUAUACCUCAAAUUCAAAUUGUCCAAUCAGGAAGCUUAGUUUGUACCACGUGAACAUGAAAUUAAUCGCGAUAUCACGCCUUACGUCAUCAAUUAGGGAGCCUGCGUUCCGCCAUCAAUUAGGGAGCCUGCGUUCCCCGGGGAACAUGGGGUGGAACAUUAUUCGCGUAGACCACGCGAGACAACACGCAUGACAACAACAUGGCCGACAAAAUAUAAAUAGUAUUGAUGAGUGAUGAAUAAUCAAAAUUUAAAGUGGAAGUCAAGUCCGUUCUGCGCAUCGGUUCUGCUCAUAACAAUGUGACGACCCUCUAAAUGACUAAAUAUGUGAACAUUGCCCAAAUUUCGAAUUUUUCUGAACAUAAACUCUAUUUCAUAUUCAUUUAAAAGCAUAGCGAACCAAAAUGGGGUUAUAUAUUCAGACAGUACAUCAUAUUUUAAAAAAUACAGCAGUUCAAAAUGUAAACAAACCGUUUGUUUACAUUACGGACUUGACUUCCACUUUAAACGUAAAGCCUGGGGCUUUUUCAAAAUUUUGAAGCAAAUUUUGAAAAAUGUUGUCAUUAAUAUUCCAAACGAUAUGUGAUUCGAAAGAAAAGCGACGAUACUUGCGUUAAUCCGAAAAUAAAACAUCGUAUUCACGAAGGUAUGUGUCAAGUUUUUAAUACUCAACUUGGAGGCUUUUAAUUUUCGGUGAUGAUAUUUCCCUCGUGGCAAAGCCCCCCCCCCGGGAAAUAUCAUCACUUCGGGUAAUAUUUCGCUGAAUCCCCUGAGCGGAGGGUCUAUAAAUGAUGAUAUAUUAAUCAGAUAAAAUGGCGUGGAGCGGAAAAAUAGGGAGGCGGGAAAGGGGGGGGUGGGGGGGGGAGGCGAUUACUUCCUACAUUACCCACAAGCCAUCCUAAUUUUCCGCUCCAGGCCUUUUUAAUUUACGCUUCUUGUUUAUUAAUAUCAUAUCGAUUUCAGAACUAUUUCCUUGUAUUUUCUACGUUCCUGAUAAAUCUUUUAUAGUUAAUAUAACGUUGCAGAACUACACAGUUGCCUGCGGAGGAGGCUACGUGAAAAGCAUAUAGGCUACGUUUCAUUUGUUGGUAUAAAAGUACUCAUAUAACAAAAUUCCAAGAAGAUUACGUAAUUUUCGCUAUUUCUUUAUCCGAAGCGGUUACCUGACCUUAAUAUAGCACCUUUUUUCUUGUGAUUUUUCGACCCUCGACAAUUUAUAUUACCUUCGACUUUUUACCCUCGCCUUCGUCAACUGACUCCCGACACUUGUAUCUUCAGUGACACAAUGGGUAUGAGCAAUAAUAUCGUAUGACAGGCUGACAGCUACAUAUUGCAUUAUAUAAUACAUUGCAAUACUUAGUCUUAGAUUUUAAAACAAGUACAUAUUUUAUAGUUUGCCUAUAAAAUUUUUUGAUUUUGCCGGUGAAAUUUUCCAACGUCUCAGAUUCAAGCAGUUUCAUAUGCCGCUUCUGCCAUUUGUGAUAUGGUUAAUCCGGCCUUGGCGGCUUCCUGUCAACAGGGGCACCGUCUUUAUCUUGCUCCACUUUAGCAUUUUUUAUUAUCUUUUUAUUAUUUUUCAAUUUUUUUCACUAUUUGAGCUCGUUUUGCGAAUCCGUAUCGAAACUGUGAUAGAGAGUUUGGCAAAUACAACGGCAACGUGCUCGUUAACAAUACCCUUAAUCUUAUAAGACAAAGCCAAAGGUGACAAUAAUUUGCAUUUUCUUAAGCAUUUUAGUACGCUGUAGUUGUUCAAACCACGUUAUUUAUAUCGCUUUCACGGCCAAGCCAACAGACUGUAAAACAAUCGUAGUUUGGGAGUAAAGUAGUUUGGAAGUUAUGUAUGAAUUCACUAUUGCAAGUACUAUAUAAGGGAAUCUCAGUUUUUUUAAAAGAAAGAUAAGUGUUUUUAAAAGAUUAGUAUACCGUAAUGACUAAUGCAUGUUUUGGCUUGAAUACAAAAAUACAAGUAAUCCAGAAGAUGAGUAGCCUGCGGGCAGCCCCAUACCACGUAAACGAGGGAAGGUAUGUGGUAUGGGGCAGUGGGGCUGCCCGCAGGCUAGAACGGAGUUAUCCUGCGACAUUCAGCCCGGAGUUAAGGAAUAUCAUGUUUCUUAGUCAGGAUCUCGUGGCCUAGCGCCAGCUGAGCUAAAUUGAAACUUUUGAAGUGCAAGUCACGUGACAUUGUUUUGCGCAUUAAAAACAGACAGAUAUAUAUUUUAGGCACCCAAUCUUUUAUAUAAUAUAUACUAUUAAUAGUUACGUUUUUGGCUUAUCUAAAAAUGUGAAAUUGCUGGGCUGCUGGCUAAACGUAAUUUUGAAAACGGCGAAUUGUGUAAACGGCGAAUUGUGUAAACGGCGAAUUUUUACUGUAGCUAACACCAUGGGGUCGGUUUCACCGGCUGUUCUGGCUUGUGUAUUCCUGCACGUCUGCUUAUUUCAAAACUUCAGUCGUUCAGGGAAGUAAACUCAUAUCAAUUCAGACAAGAUUUCGGAAGAAAUAUUUCCAAAUUUAUAAAAAGCUGUCAGGAAGUUUUAAUGGCUUAGUGUGAACAGAUGUAAACAAAAAUUAGGCAAUGAAUUUGGGAAAUUCAGUUAGCCUGCAACAUUUUGACAUUCAGACCCGAGUUAAGAAAUGUCCAGUGGUGGAUCCAGUAUUUUUUUUUAAUUUUUUUUUUUGGGGGGGGGGGGGCAGACUAACUUAAUAACUUGUGAUGUCAGAAUUCUAUGACUAUGACUAUGUACAGGGGUCCGGGGAUAACCCAUUUUGCACCUACUAAACCAACAGUGACAGAUGUUGACCAGUUGUUUUAAGGGUUCAGAAAAACAUGACUGCACCCUACAUUAAUAAUAUUAUUUUACUCUGUCUAACAUCAGUCAAUUUUACUCAUCAAUGUUGAGAGAGUGCCGAUGCUCACUGGGUUAAUACAACAGUAACAUUUAUUGCCCAGGCAAUUUAACCCAUUGAGUGGCAGCACUCUCCCCUGAGGAGUAAACUCAUCUGGCAUUAAACAAAGUAACUUAAUAAAGUGGGGGCAUCAGGGCACAUUGCCACUUAAGGUUUAACAGGAUGCAUGGGCAGAUUAACCUAUUGAGUCACUCUGUAUAGCUGUAUAGUUAAAGAAUAAAGACAAUCACUGGCUAAACAUGGAGGCUGGCUAUACGUAGUUAAACAUGCGGGCUAUAUACCCGCAAAUUAUGAGACAUACAUGAAAAUUCCCUUCCUUCCUUGCGCACAUUCAAGGUACAUCACACCAGUGCCGCCGAGGCGUUAUGCGGGGGGGGGGGGGCUACUACAACAUUAUGUUGCUGUCUGUCAUCUAAAAGAGAGGGUAAAUUUCCAUAGCACACUUACCUCUUUAAACUGCACAUUAUAAGGAAAUCCUGUUCUUCCUUCGGUUGGAGAUGUCCGAGACACAAUUGGACCACGACACACCAUAAAUGACAUGGGAAAAUCUGAUGACUGCGUUGGCUUCUUUCUUAUAUUCUUUUGAAUUGUGCACCUUAGAGACUUAUUGGCAGCUCGUAUUAACGAGCUAUCAAUGUCAAUACCUAAUACAUGCUUGGGUGAAAAACUCCGAGCUAGUUCUAAGGUAAUGUUACCUAUGUUACAACCAAUAUCUAACACAGUCUUAUCUUGGAACCACUCGCGAUGGAACAACUUGAGCCGAGGGUCAUCUGGAACUUUCGGAUUACGGUAACCAUAGUAACGAUUAUAGUUACCAUAAAGGAAAGUCUUUUGGUGUUUUUGUUUGCUUGAGCCAGAUUUUCCAGCAUUUUUUGGCUCAGUUUUUGGUUUCGGCAAUUUAUCAUUAAAACUAAGAGUCUCUUUUGCUUUUUCAUUCAUAGACUCUUCUUUGACUUCAGAACUUAAUUUUUCAUCCUUAACACUCGUUUCUGGUUUUUCAUACAUACUUUCCGAAACUUUUUCUCCCUCUAAUGAUAUUUUCUCAAUUUUAGUUCCAUCCGUGGUAUCCAAUUCCUUUUCCACUUUGUUUUUCUUCUUUUCUUUAAUUUUAACCUCUUUUCCAUCUCUUCCAUGCUUCUGCAUUUUCUUCUUUUUAAAUUUCGGCGAAACUAGAUCCUCUUUGUUUACAUCGGUUUCUUUUUUAUUUUUAUUUUCCUGUUCGUCGUCGAAGCAACCGCUGUCGUUUCGCUUGCGUUUCCGCUUCUUUUUUGCCAGCGUCACCAUCCCUUUCAAGUCCUGAUACACAUGGCAUUUUAGAUUCAAAGGAUCAGUUACGUCCCUUGCAAUAAGAACUUGCGGUGACAACUCCUUCAUACGAUCAACAAAAGGUGAACACUGUGGUGUUACCUCUGCAGGGUCUCUAUCGAUCAAGCUGUUUAAAUUCAACGGGUCGGUACUAUCCCCGCCCAUUUGGAAUUUGAGUUUCGACCCCCUAGACCCAUGUUUAGUUUUUACUCCUGCCUUAUCUGGCUCUUUGAGAUUAACACUAAAUUUGGGUAAAAUCGAUGCUUUGUGCAGGCGUUUUCCCCCAAGCGGGCUGUGGAAUUUCUUUUUGUGUCCAAGAUGAUGAGAUUUUAGUCCCUUUUCCAUGUUUCUGUCAGCUCAUUAAUUAUUCACAUGCAAAAUAAGCACUACAAAUGCACUGGAAUUGACCAGGAAAAUAAUUCAAAAACAUCAAAAGCGAUGAAUUUGAGAGCCAAAUAGACUCUUUAUGUUUAACAAGAAGCAAUGAGUUCCUCUCAAAAAAUCGCGGUCCUUUCCCGUUUCGAAGAUAAAAUUUCAACUCGGCCUCUAUAAAAUAGUACUAUUUGCCCGUAUACCGUAUAUGGAAAGUCUAUCGCAGCACGGAGCGAUAUAAGUCGCUUCGAAAAAUCUCAAUUUUUCGUCCCCACAUUAACGGCUGCCAGAAUUAAACACUCUAAAUGCCUUUAGUAAUGCUUAAUCUCUUCUUAGAGUAAAACGAUGCCGUAUAAAAACGCUCCUACCUUGCUUUUUGGACGAUUUUCUAACACAACUUCUCCACGGAAUUCGGAACGUUUUCGAGACGUCGAUAUUUUUGAAAACGUUUUCAGAGUUUUACGGGUUACAAAGGGUUAUUAAAGUACAUCGAGUUAUAGUUUGGGAUUUGGCAUAAAAGAAUAGGGAUAAAAUGGGAUAAUAGGGUAUAAAAGAACGAACAGAGUACUAAACUUACAACAUGGAUUGUAAAAUAAAAUAAGUUAUUUUACAAUCCAUGCUUAUACUGAUUUAACCCAAAUUAUUCAAAAACUACCCUUAUCCAAAUCCCCAAACCUUCCUCUCUAAUCUUAAAUACCCCAUUUAUUAUCCAGAAAUAUCCCAAAAUAUUCCCAGAUAUCCACGUAUCUAAAUCUAAACGUAUAGCCGCUGUAUUUGCGGGCGCAAAUAUUACAAAAACAAAAAGAACUUUUAUCAGAAGUCUUUUACGUACGCAAAUCACUUUGAAAAUAUUCAAAUUCUGUAAUAUUGUCUAUUGUAAUAAUACUACCCGACACAACAUUUGAUAUUUUAUUCCAGAAAUUGAUGUGGUUUUACUAAAAUAUUAAAGGUAGGCGUCUAUAUAGGUAUUAAUAUCGAAUAUAGAAUGUUCGACUUGAAUUUCACUGUGUAUAAAAUAUUAAUGUCUAUAAUAUUAUACGAUUAUACGAUCGAAAUUUUUUUAUUUAUCUAUUAAAUAUUGUAGUGGAAAUUAAUACAUGAACAUAACAUAUGUUUAGUGUUUUUUUUAUGUUUUGUGUUUUUCAUAACAUAGUGCUUAUAUAUUGUUGAAAAUGAUAUUUUAUUUAAUUGUUAGACACUGUACAUAUUAAAAAAGGGAUCAAAAGUGGUCAACAGCUUGAAUCCCCAUAAUUAAAAGCAUGUAACAGUCCAAUACUACAUGGGAGGCCCUCCGGGAAAAGACACUCAACGUCUUGUGAUAUACGUGCAUUCCAUGUAAGUUCUACGUUGGUGAUAUGCCAACAUUUGCUUCUGAUCAUGUUUUAUAAAAAAAAAACUUUUGGGGACCAAAUCCCAUUUCAAACGAAACAAUCCUGUGUGCGAGUUUUUAAGACUGUAAAGUAAUCUCGUGCAAUUGCUCACACCAAUAUACCAACAAAUUUAAUAACCUCACACCAGAGAUUUCCGGCUUGACUUGUGAUAAUGGUGAAAUUGAAUAGCAAGAAUUGAAGGGGGUCAGCUUCCCAUUCUCUGUAUACAAGAGGGGGCUAUCAGUAUUGUAAAAAUUACUGAAAAAAAGUAAUGAGUAGAAAGUACAAUUACUUCUCCUAAAAAGUAAUUGGUUAGAUUACAAAUUACUUUACUAGAAAAAGUAAUUAACCCAUUAAGCGCCAGCGCUCUCCCCUUGACGAGUAAAAUCGUCUGGUGUUAGAUAGAGUAAAAUACUAAAAUAAGGUGGAUCAGGGUGCAAUGCAACUCAAUGGGUUAACUACACACAUGUAUGGGCAGAUAGGCCAGUUAACCCAUUAAGCGCCAGCGCUCUCCCCUUGACAAGUAAAAUCGUCUAGCGUUAGACAGGGUAAAAUACUAAAGUAGGGUGCAUCAGGGUGCAAUGCGACUCAAUGGGUUAAUUACCAAGUACUAAUUACUUUUCAAAAAGUAAUUAAUUAAUUACUAAUUACUUUCAAAAUUACUUUUCGUUUUACUUUUGUAUUUAAAUCAUGCUUUCUGCUUUUGACCUUUCACAAUACUAAAUUGAGUAAAAUCAUUUUGCACAAAAUUGGUGGGAAAUUGAAAGAGAUAGUACUUUUUUAGACAAGUAAAAAAAAGUAGGGCGCACUGGGGCGCAUUGCGGCUCAAAUGGGUAAAACAUUGAUACACCUAUCAAUGUAACUGCUAGGGGAAGUUGUGGUGGGGAUAUUGCUUGAACAAUCACCCAGGCCGUCAGGCAUUUGAACAUCAAUGUGACCACAAAGGUAACCUGAGUAUCAGGCUCUAUUUUACAAAUAGAGCCUGCCACAAAACUUAACCUGAUCGCUUUCCACCCACAGCAAAGUUUAUAUUUAGUAUCCAAUCAAAAUGUCGCAGGAGAAAUUUAAAUUUCACACAACGACAACAACAAUCUAAUUAUAGCAUAGGCAGCCCACUAAACGGCUGAAUUUAAAUUAAAACUGCAAUGAACUUAUAAAAUUAACAAAAAUAAUCACAAAUUAGCGAAAUAUAUUUCAAAUGUAGCUUAUAUUAAAUCGCCACCCGAUUGCUCUCUCCUCCACAGAGGUUUCAGUGACUACAACGAGCUUUACAUGGCGCUUACCGUAUUUAUCAACAAACUGACAUACAAUUAUAAAGUAUAUAUUUAUUAAGUAUACUUUAUAACUAGACGUCAGUUAGUCGAUAGUGCAAUCUGAUAUUCUUAUGGCGAUUUAAUAUAAGCUACAUUUGCAAUAUAUUUCGCUAAUUUGCGAUUAUUUUCUAAUCUUACUGCAGUUUUAAUUUAAAUUCAGCCGUUUACAAGUUAUAUGAUCAUUUCCGGUGACGUAAUAUUUUGAGUGGUCUCAUCCAAUCAACGCUCAGUCCAGAUUCUGGACUGAAUAACCAGGCAAAAUGCUGCUUUUGUGUCAGGCCGUACUUUUCCCCCCUUCGCCCGCGAUCAGGCGUGCCUGUGCCCUAAAAAGUACGGCCUGAUACUAAGGUUACCACAAAGGACUGAUAGUUCAGAAUUGUUGUUUUAUAUAUUGUUUUGUUUAUAUUCAAAAUUUCAAUUUUGUGUCAAAUCCCACCCUUUGCUGCAUGCCCUAACAUUAACAACACAAAUGAAUGCCAUCGUAACUCAUUAAAGCUGCAAUGCGCCCUACUUUAUACUUUAUUAUUAUACUGUGUCUAAAGCCAGACAAUUUUACUCGUCAAAGGGGUCAGAGCACUUUCAACAGGUUAAACAAAGACAGUGAGGUUUUGAUUAACAAGUGCAUGAAAUCAUCAUGGAUGAAUGUUUAUCGAUGUUAGCAAACAGUUGAAACACAAAGUAACAUAAUGAAUCCACAAUUCCUACUAAUUGUUAUAAGUGUAACUAAUCUAUUUCAACUUGAAAAUGCUAAUUAGUCGAAUUAAUGGCAUAUUGAAACAUCAUGUUGUUUAAUUCUUUUCAAUUACAGCAUGCUUAUAAACCAUUUUUGAUAUUGUCUUAAGGCUGCUUACUUGCUACAUUUACACAAUAUGACCAGGAUGCCACUGAUGUUAGUUGCAUAUUUUAAAAAGACAUUGUCAAGAUUGUGUAUUGACAUCAGCAACUGAAGAUUUUCAUCAUUAAAAUUGAGCUUACACCAAAAAGCUGCCCAAGAAACCAUGUGUGAAAUAAUGUACCUUAAUUUUCAGUCUUAAUUAUUUUUCAAAUAAUUUCAUUCUUGUUUGCUUUUCAGAUGCAGCUGAACAUAUACAACUGUUGAAUAAUAACAAGAUGUGUAUAAAACACGUCCCAUCCAUGAGAUCUGAAAAGAAAUACAUGCCUUGGAUAUAACCAUUUGAAGAAUUAAAAUCGCAAAUCUUCAACGAACAUCCCUCUUGCAUAAGCUAGCAAGUCAGUGUAUUGCCAGCAUCAUUAAAUCUAUGAUUGUUUAGUAAUGCAGCCAACUAUAAAACAUCUCCAUCAAGAAAACUAUGCAAAUCAGUUAAACUCAAAUGAAAACCAACAAACAUAUAUUGAAGACACCAUUCAAAACCUACAUGGUUCAAAUAUAUAUGUAAAGCAAGCUAUCCUACUUGGACUAUGGUAUUUGUUUAGUUUUUUCACGAUUGUCUUGAAUAAGUACAUACUGACAGUGCUUGGGGGGCAGGCAAGUCUCCUUGGCAGAACUCAAAUGCUAAUGUCGGUGAUAUUUGGUGGAUUUACGAUAUAUGUGCUGCCGUGUUGUGUCCAGAGGAGUGGUGUUGAGGAGAGAAAGAUGAAAUUUAUUAGGAAUAUGUCAAUUUUAGGUAUUCUUAGGUGAGUAUUAGGGCAUAUAAUGUUUUACCUUGAGAAGAUAGCUAGAUAAACACUCUCUGUCUUUGGAUUGCAGGAUCGAAAUGAACUUGUAAACUACUGUGCCAUCAACACACCCUGGCUUAGAUAACUCUUAGGUGAACAUCUAUCUGUGGCAGGCCACUCUCUAACUAAGUAAAUAAACAUUUUAAUUUUUAUACUGAAUAACUCUUAUGCUUCUAUUAAUCAGGGUAUACACCCUUUGGUGAAGGUGAAAUUCAAGGACUUUUUCCAGGACUUUCAAGGCCCAUUUUCAGUAAAUUCAAGGAUCUAGAACUGGGAAUGGCACGGAUUUGCCGUAAAUUAUUCACUUUAUUCAGUAAUUUUAAUCAAAAUCACUAACGAUUAUGUUAGAAGAACUGGAGGUUAAGGAAAUUAAUUCCAGGACUUUCAAGGACUUCAAAGUUCUGGAAUAGUUUUUUUUCCAAUUCAAGGACUUUCCUGGAUUUUCAAGGCCUGUGGACACCCUGAUGGCCUAAUUAACUCUAAACCAUAAUACUUUUUGUUUGUGGAAGCACCACAUAAACAAAAGUGAGAGUGUAUACAAAGAACUCAAUUCUAAACUGUUCUCCCUCGGGAGAAGUACAGUAAUGGUUAUCCCAGCUUGUUGGUCAAGCAUUACUACAGGAGGGUCCAGGUUCUGGACCCCCUACUUUUCAUCAGGACCAAUUUUUUAAUACUUUCAAAACUGAGAAGAAACUGGCAGGGGGCGGGGCUUAAUGUGUUCAUCUAUGACAUAAAAUAUACCAAAUCUGUUGCUUUCGGAUUAUCAUAAAACAUGCCAAAAUGCAUGAAAUAGUGUUUCGUAGACCCUAAAAAUAGCAAUAUGUAGCCUGCGAACAGGCUCACUGGGAAAAAUGUUCCUGGGAAACCGUGACAAGGCUCAAGUAACAAAACAGAAUGGAUCCUGAAAUCAAACUCUAACUGGUGUACGACUCAGGCUGAUCCUGCCUCAAUAGCUAAUCUGAAUUUGGCUCAAUAUAUGGUUUCUUCAGCCAAGGUUUAUCCCAGCAGCAAGAUAAUUUUUCAACAUUUGAAUAUAGCCUUUUUCCCAAAAGAGAUAACAGCGCAUUCUGGGAUCGUUUGGAGGGACAAAAUAUAUAGUGACAGGCGUCAAAUAUGUGAAAAAGUAGAAGUAUCUACUAUCAACUUUUUAGACGACCAAAAAUGAAAUAUCUCCUUUUUUACAUUAAACAUUUAAUUUAAAUGUGUGCUGCCAUAUUUCUUGUCCCUCCAACAUGGGAUUCGCGCGACUAGACCGACUAGACCCAGGACGUUUGGAAAUGGCUAAUUAAACAGAAAUGCAGAUGUAUCCAAACCAAAACAGCGGGUUAACUUCCCGGGUUAAAAAAUUCGGCAAUUUAAUGAAGAUGGGAAUUUCAGUAGUAGAAUUUCUGUGACAUUCAGACUGGAGUUAAGGACUUAACUGACGUUCUCGCGGCCUAGCGCCAGCUGACAUUGUUUUGCAUACUAAAAACAGACAAAUAUACUGUAUAUUUUAGGCUACAUGACAUCCUCGCAACACUUAUCUGGUACCCAUUUUUUAUUGAGCAAAGUUUCGAAGAUGAACAAUGUUUUACAUAAUAUAUAAUAGUGGCUAUUAUUUUGGCUGAUCUAAAUUGUGAAAUUGCCGACUAAACGUAAUUGUGAAAACGGCGUAUAACGCCGAAUUUUUUACUGUAGCUAACACCCUGACUUUUAACCCACGGUUAUGGCACUUAUCCAACGCUUUGAACAACCGGCCCCUGAAGUUAACGUGACUGGAUGCAUGUAAUAUACGGUAUAUACACAUGUCCUGUAUUUAUGAAUUAUGACUGUGUAACUAAUCCAAUUUUGCCCCUCAUUAAUAUAAUGCCACAAAGUUUCUUUCGAAACAUGGCAUUAAAAGGGUAAUUGACACAGAGGUGAAGAACAUUAUUACAAGGUGUAGACCUUGAGCAAUACAUUAAAUUGGGGGAGGGGGGUGCAAAAAAUCUCGGGGGAGGUGCAGAUCAAUCUCAGCGGAGGUGCACCCCUCCCCGAACAUAAAUUAAUCUUUUAACUAUCUCACUAUAGAUUUGGAACCGUGGUUUGCUCAUUAAUUAGUCUCAAGCAUGUUGCUGUGUCAUUUACGGAAACUGUGAAAGCAUCGGCUCCGUUAUUCACUGUCAUUCUUUCAUUUCUAAUUCUCAGUAAGUCAUUUUCUCACUGGGUUUCCAAAAAAAAAACUAUAUACUGUUUGAUUUCCUGUAACGUAAAAACUAUAAAAGAUAUUAUUGCACUGAAAUAAGUUUCAUUGCAAUCACAAAGGGGAAAAUGAAAAUCUCGAAAAGGUGUUGCGCUAACCCAUGCAGUAUUUUUUUUUUAUAUUCAGGAGAAAAAGUUGGAUUGCUAGUGAUGUUUUCACUAAUCCCAGUCAUGGCUGGUCUAUCUCUUUGUUCUGCAAAUGAAAUUAGUUUCAAUGUAAUCGGUUUUGUUGCUGCUAUAUCAAACAAUAUAAUGGAUUGGUUAGUAAUGAACACUACUUACAAAUACAGUGUUUUAGUUUGUCUCAUUUGAAGGAACGUAUGAAAUCUUGUUGCAGAUUUUUCAUGGUUAUAUUCAGUGCCGUAGCCACGAGGGGGGGGGGGGGGCGCCCCCCCCCCCCCCCCGAACCGCCACAACAAAAAUCACUCUCUCAAAAAGUCUAAAUCCGUAGAGAAAUUGGGGGGGGGGAGUCUCGACCUAGCAUAAGGACGAUUUACUGGACGAGCUUGGUGUGUAAAUUCUCGUAACGCGUUUGCAUAUCAUGGUUCCAAAGAGUGGAUUUAGUUACUACUAUUUUCAACUGUUAAAUGGCAUGCAUGCAUUACCAUAGCAUGAAUAUUUCUUCUCAUAUUUAUUCUGUAUCUUGUGAAAAGUAAUGCAAUUUUGAGAAUGCGAGAAAUGGCGUCUCAUAGAACCGAUAAAAUUAUCUAAAUGCAAAAUUUCCAAGGUGACGUUUCCAUGCAAUUCAUUUAGUUCCGUGGAGAAAUAUCUGGUAAAAAUCGUGUCUUUUAUGUACUUUAUAAUGUUCGGAAUUCUGAAAAAUUUCAUCCCCAAAAUGCUUGAAAUCACAUUUCAGGGAAUUUAUAUUGCAAUAUUUAGACUGAAAGCAAUGAGCUUAUCUACCAUCUUAGAUUAAUUCAUAACGUCAGUAGGCCUAACUGUGGUUUUGAUGACGUCAAUUAGGGUUAGCCUUAUUAAACUACCUCUAAGUGACAUCUAAUUGAAAAGUUUAUAUCCAGCUUAACUAUUCAAAUAUUUUGGCUGAUAGCAAUGAGCUGUCCGGUCCUUAAUUCUUAACCUCGUUACCCAUGCAUAGUUUUGAUGACGUCAAGAGUGGGUUUAGCCUUUUAAAAUUACUUCUAUAAGUGAUUCGAAAUUUGAAAUAGCAACCAAAAACGAAUUUUGAGCUAAUAUUGAUCACUGGCUGUCAAGAUAAAAAAUUUGCGUGACCCCAUUUGUGACGUAACAUGCAUAUUCUGAAUAAUUCAAGAUGGCGGACAGCCCACUGUUUUCAGUGAAAAUAUUUCAAGAAUUAAAAAAGUGUAAAGUCUUUUAGUAAUUAUUUCUAAAGCUCUUUUACAGUAGACAAAUUAAAGUUCCUCUGCUAAUGUCCCGUAAUAAGUAGUAUUGCCCGACACAAAAUAAAACAUAUUGUGUACUAACAUAUUGGUCAAUGUAAACAUUUUUUCAGUAUUCAAAAUGUUUUCUCAAAGAAGCUUCUUUCUGGUGAAUCAUCGUAUAGGUAAAAUUAUUUUCGUUUAAAAUUAGAUGCAGGGAAAAAAUUCAAUAGUUACGUUCCAGAUUAUUACACACUGUCAGCUAUUUAUUACUAAGCAUCAAAAAAUUUAAUCUAAGAGGUAAAUUUUGACACUAUACUGUCUAAGAUCAUUGAAAUUGGUCUAAUAGAGCGAAUAAUAAUGACAAAAAUCAUGCAUCAGAAAAACCCUGCAAAACGAACCUAGAUUUUUCAAGUUAGCCUAAACAGGUUCUUAUGUACAUGGUGCUUACCAGGAAAUUGGUCUAAAUAGGUUCUUAAAUAGGUUAUCAGUUUUCUUAAGAAAAAAGCGAUUCAUUUUCGGUAGGUAUGGUAUAUAAUUUAUAUAAAUUAUGCACAAAUCUAAUAAUUGCUUGUAUAGUCACUAGUAGUUGAGAUUGUCAUGUACUAUUUUUACUGAAGAAAUACAAUUAUUUGUUGUUGACUUGUUGUGUUCACAUAGACAUGUUAUUUAUCUGAAUGACAUUUCCAGGGUCAUUUUCAUUACUUUUCAAAGAGCUUAUUUUCUUUGAUUUACAAAUUUUUAGUUUUUACUCUAUUUGAUAAAGUAAGAGCCUGCUUUGAAAUUCUAGCCUAAACAGGUUCUUAUUUAAAAGGGGUCUAAAUAAAUUUUUUUUAGCCUAACAGGUUCUUAAAUUCUACAUAGGUUCUUAUAUGCGGGGUUUUACUGUAUUUGAAGACACCUUGGUUUAAACAGCCAUAUGAAGAUUGGUUCUACUACACAAAUUUUAAUAAUCUUUAAUGUCAAAAUACAUCUCGUAGACUAAAUUGUCGAUGCCCACAAAUAUAAUUGCGUUUUUCGGGGACACCCUUCAUGUAUUUGGUGUUGUUAAAAGUCGACAAACAGUGAAAUUGCUUUUUAAUUUUCAUUAUAUAGUCCACCAGAAUUACAGUUUUACACUGGGACUGCAGCGUUGCUACUACAGAUACCAUAUUGGAUUUAUACAAUUGUGAGUUGGUAACUAUUAAGGUCGAAAUAUUCUUAUAUAGGGUUUAAUUUGCUCUACAAUCUGUUAAGUGACGUUUUCAAGUUAUGUCCACUUAUUCUAUGCUUUAAUAUUUCUAGGAUUUUCAAGAAAGUUUUACGAAACCAGAUUACUUCUAUAUUGGAAUUUUAAUGUUGGAUAGUUUUUCAUUUUAUCUUCAAAGUGUCACAGCGUAUGGCUUAAUGGCGCUUAUAUCUCCUAUAACAUUUAGGUGUGUGUUGACGCAUUUCAGUAUUAAUUUCUCUUAUGAAUACUUUAUCAGUACCAAAUAUCACUACCUACACGAAUACACACAAUUUUUCUUUGCAGUGUUGCGAACACGGUCAAACGAACCCUACUUAUAUGGUUGUCUGUUGUGGUGUUUGCGAACCACGUGACCUGGCUCAGUGGACUGGGAACAAUGAUCGUCACACUUGGUGUUGUAAUGUAUCAAAGAGCCAAACAAGUCGAGGCAGCAGAUAAACACAAACAACAACAAGACCAAAAUCAUAGAGCAUCACCAUAGAUAGCAAAUUUUUGUGUUUGGGGGCCGGUCUAUUUAUGGUGGGGGUGGCACCGAAGAGAAAAGGGUUGGGUAAACAAAAUUUUGAGUUAGUAUAAAAGGUUGGGUAAAUGGAAAACAAAGCAAUUCAAGGGUUGGGUAAUAAAAAUUAUUUUCAAUUAUUUUUCCAGAGCAUGUCUCACUCAAAAUAAAUAUUGAAGACUAAAAAGAGUCAAUGUCAAGAGUCACAUGUCACUAUCUUGAUCAUUUUCCGAUUUGUCAGGAAGUAAAUGGUGUCCCCAAAGAAAGUACAUGUGUAGACAACAUGAAACUUUAACUGCAGAAGAUUGCAAAAGCAGUUAGUCAAACUAAUGUAUAAAGGACAUUUGUAAAGUUUUUGGCCAGGGGUUGAUAUUUAUUUUUUUUAAUUGAUAUUUGAGGUUGGGUAAAAAAUUGUUUUGAUUUUUAAUGGUUGAAUCAGCAAAAUGGUUACGAAGAAAAGCAUUUCUCUUCGGUGCCACCCCCCACUAUAAAUAUGACCGGGGCCCUUAUGCACUACGCCCAUAGUCUAUCAAGAUAUGAUGAUCUGGAAACUAAGCAGAAGUCACUGUGUUGUUUUUGUCUGAGUUUAUAGUAAUUUGUGCACAGUCAUGGUGAUGGAGCUUAUUGUAUUUUCGUAUCGUGAAGUAAUCGUCCAAUAGGGAUAGCUGAAAUGAAACGUGCAAGCACGAUCAUAAUAUUUAAUGAAGUUGGAUUUGUGCACGGUUAGGUACAGUUCAACAUCAGACAAAGGUCUUCGAUUUUGGGGCUUCCAGACCAUCGUAUCUUGACAGCCUAUGCUACAUCGGGAUAUUUUAAAGUACAUCCACAUACUUGUCAACAAGAUGUGUUUGCAAAAAAAGGUUUGUAGCAAGCUUCUCAACAAGUUGUCACAAUGUUGUUAGUUCUUCAAAUUACUACGGUGUCACUCACAACGUGUCAACAAGCUGUUGUAUUGCAGGCGAUAGCAAGAUGUUGCAACAACUUGUAACAAGUCUGUUUAGUUCAUCAACGUUGUAGCAAGUUGUCAACAAGCUGGGAACAAGCAGUGCGAACACAUCCAUGACAUGUAACUUUUGUCGAAACAGCAUUGGUAUACAAGUCUGCUGCAGGUUUGUACCAAGUUGUGCGUUUUUACGUGUGUAUAUGACACGAAAGUGUCGAUUGUCUUAAACGAAAGAACUUUCGAAACUGCAGAAUGACAAGUGAAGCAAGCGAAAGAUGUUUUCUUUGUGUUAACAAAUUGUGAAACACGAACAAUUACUGCAUAGAUGACAGGCAGAAAAUAUUUUCGGACCUCUGUGCCACAGAUAUUAGAUAAAUCGCAUAGUUGAACAAUGGACUAUAUUAUGGGGAAAAUAGUGAAGUACUAACCAAGUACCAUCAUUAGUACCUGGUUAUAAUUUUCCCCUGACCGGUAUUCGGUAGACUAUUAUCUGGUAUUUGGCACAACUGUUAAGACAAGGAACUUUUGGUAUAUUGAAGCAAUCACCCAAUCAACCUCGCAAGCAAGGGUCUCCGUCCCGCCGCGGGUGUGGAGACCCUUGCUUGCCAAUAGCAUCGUCUUGGAUUGAACCACAAUCGAAAAACUACUCCACGUGCGUUUGAAAUAUUAAUAGACAAAACAAUUUGCGCAGGGUGAAGUCGCCUCAACGUAAAAUCGUAGCUUAUUAUAGACGCUUUGAAAUUUUCUGAGUUUCCUGGCCUUAUAGCUCGAUUGGUUAUGAUUAAAGAUAAUAUAAAAUGUCAAAAUAUAUAAAUUAUGGGAAAUAUCAUAAUGACUAUUUGUAAUAAUUUGUAAUAAUAAUGGAGCAAUUAAAUUUUUACUUGGAUUUUUUUAUAUUGAUUAUUUAACAAAUAUAAAACAUUUUCCGUGUUAAUAUACAGUUAUAUCAACACGAGUGGAAAUUGGGAAGGGCGUCGUGUUUCCACACAAUUUCUCGUUUUCCCAAUUUCCACGAGUGUUGAUAUAACUAUAUAUCAAUACGAAAAAGAAAUUUUCCGAUGUUUCCG